UUUGUAAUGAAGACUACACACUACACUUCCUCUAUGCGAAAGGUCAUAUUCUUGUUUACGACUUUUAAUUUUUGCUCGUGAGAAAAGCUCCCUCUACGAUUUUCGGAAAUGGACGAUAAUGCUAGAGGAAUGGCUUCAAAAAUACUUUGCGACUUGCUGAACAUCGGAAACACUGGAACAAGUGAUGGGAGUAGUUUAGAGACACAAAGAAAUGGAGAGAGAGACCUUGAUGAUACUCUAAGUGAAUCAGCAUCUACAGCAAGUUCUCUGUCUCCUCAAAGAAAGAGAAACUCAAAGGAACAGAUGUCUGAUGUGUCUGUCUCAGACAGUGAGGGUGUUGCUUCAAGAAUGUCCCUCGAACCUGUCAAACAAGUCAUUGAGAUGAAAGGCAGUGAUGAUGGAGGCAGUAAAUCAGUUUACGGAAAUGAAGUUGAAAUUGUAUCUGAUGAAGCAGUUUCAACAAGUUACACAGCUAGUAAUAAGAUAAAAUUUAAUUCCAUGGUUAAUUAUGAGUGGGAGCUGAAGUACUACAGAGGAUGUCUAUUAGCAGUUAGCAGCAAGUGCAUUGCAUAUGCUCUUAGAGGCCGUCUAGGCUAUGUUGUAAGGCUUCUUAAUCCUGAGACAGCCACUAGGACACUGAUCAAGGGAUUUGUUGGUACAAUAAGCGAGUUAGCGUUUUCACACAAGGACUCCAAUAUGCUGGCAUGUGUAGAUGAGGGAGGUAAUGUUUAUAUCUGGGUUAUCCAUGAAAAAAAUGGAAAACUCGAAUAUUCUGUGAAGCUUCAUAUCAAACGUCCUACCAAUACACUCUCUGAGCACCACAGACUAAUAUGGACUCCAUACAUGCCUGAUGGUGAAGAACUUGAAAGAACUGAAGAGUCUGCCGCUGAAGAAGGCCGACCACUGGCCAUUACACAUGGAAAUCAGUUGGAGGUAAUAGAUGUAGAUUCUCUGACUGAAUGGUGUGGCAGGUCUGAAGUGACUAUUGAUGAUAUAAAGCAAGGAGUAGGAUAUUUAGAAAUUACAGAUGGACACACUAAGCCAAUCACAGAAGGUGCUCUUUCACCUGAUGGUACAGUAUUAGCAACUGCCAGUGAAGAUGGUCACAUCAAGUUUUGGCAGUUGACAGACAAAGUUGAGUGCAUGCAUGAAUUCCAGCCUCAUGAUGGACGUCCCCUGUCUUGUAUGAUUUUUACUGACAAUCAGACUUCUCAAGACAAAGAGCUUCCAAUGUGGAGAUUUUUAAUCACAGGUGCUGAUUAUAACAGAGAGAUUAAAGUCUGGUGCACAGUUACAUGGACAUGUUUACAAACAAUCAGAUUUUCUUCUCCAGAUAUUCCAGGAUCCAGCUCCAUUCGCUCAUACUUGAAAGUAGGCAUGGACCUUUCAGCUUCAUAUUUGGUAAUUUCAGAUGUCCUUAAAAAGGUUAUUUAUGUGCUGAUGUUCCACCAAAAUUUUGAUGAAGGCCAAGCACAUGUCACAUCUGUGGCUAAGUUUCAUCUCACACAUCCACUACUAAGUUUUAUUGUUGGCCAAGUCAAGUUGUUUAAACUCAAGUCACAAGGGGAUCAGAAUGGUCAGGAAAAUGCUGAAAGCCAUGAUCAUGGUGAUGAUGAUAUUCACUCCUCGCAUGUUGGUCUUGACGAAAUAGCUGCUGGAGAAGAGAAAGGGAAAAAGUAUGGUGUUCAACUGCAGCUCUUUUGCAUUCAAACAAGAUCAAUGCAAGAACUCUUGGUUCACUUCCAACCAGAGCCUUCUAUUCCUCCACCCACUCCAUCAACUCUUUCAUCUCUUACCACAGUUGCAGGGCAGUCUGUUAUCCAUGAUGGACUCUCUGACCUAAGUGGUAUGGAAACAGGAACAGAAGCAAGUACAGAUGUUGAAGAGCCUGAGGAGAGUACAGAUGGACCUGUUCCAGUUAGAACAAAACUACUUACACCACAGGCGUUUGCAAGCACUGCAUUGCAAGGGUCAACCCACCCUGAAGCUGUAAACAGCAGCAAUGGAAGCAGUAUUACCAUGAUCUCUGGACUGAAUAACUCGCAAGCAUCAGUUGAUGAGCUUCUGGGCUCAUCUGUGUCAUCAAGACUGUCUGACACUACUGUCAGGUCAAGCAACUCGGCAACACCUCAAGGAUCUUUGGCUCAUGAGAGUGGUAUUCUCACACCAACAACCUUGCCCUUGCCCCAGUCACCUGUAACACCAACAUCUAACCCUAGUGCAAUACCCAUUUUAAACUUUCAGUCUAGUCCACAAAUGGCAUCAGUUCAAAACACACAAAGUCCUGCAUCAAGUUUCGAGCCUUUGGUAGCUAUUUCAAAUACGGAGACUCAAGCCUCUCCAUUUGCACUGAGAGAUAAAGCAGAGAAUGUUUUAAGUGAUUCAAAGAGUCCAUCUGCUAAUGAACAGAACAGAUCACACAGUCCUGGUAGCAUGGAAAGAAACAUUGAAGUAUCUGUUGAUGAUGAUACUAGGGAUGGAGGUGAUGAGGAAUUACCAGAGUCUCAGAAACCUGAAGCAGAAACGCUAGAGGAGGAAAAUGAAAGGGAAAGAAAAUCAAGUUCUGGAUCUAGUACAAGUGAAAGUUUGAGACCUUUGUCUGCUCGUGCGGAAGGAAAUCUUAUUUGUUUGGAAGAUGAUAAGAGGGGUGAAGAAGAUGAUGUUCAGGUAGAUGGGGAGGAUGCAUUUACAGAGGAAGGACUGUUGGAGCAGUGGGAUAUGAAUGGCGAUGAUGGAGUGGUACCAACUGGACGAGAGAGUCCUGAAUCAGCACAUGCACUGCCGGUUGGUACACCAACAGGCUACAGUGAGAUUGGAAAACGACCUUCAGCAUUGUCAAGUUUUGUUUCUACUCCUGUAAGUACAACAGAUCUUCCUCCCCAGCAGGUCCAAGUUACAAUGGAUGGUGGUCUUUCUUCAUCUCUUGAAGAGCUUCUGAGUUUGCUCAAAGCUCAACAGCAAGAUAUCUACGACCUUCGUAAGCAGCUGAAAACAUACCAGUCUGAUCAGCAGCAGAAAAUGAUUACAGUGGUCAAUGAAGUACAUCAGGUUGAGGAGCGAGUCUCCUCCAAAUUACAGAAUGCCCUGGCUGAAUUUUCACGUGAAGAAUCUCAGCGUUUAGACAAAGCUCUGCGUGACAAACAUUCAGGAGACAAAAAAAGACAUGAACAACUACAGAGUACUUUGUCCCAAACAAUCACCACUACCUUGUCAGGAAAAUUAGAUAAAUCUGUCAAAGCUGAAAUUAAGAGUGCUGUAGUACCAUCAGUUCAGAAAGUAUUGAGUGCUGUGCAAGAACAACUCAACACUACAUUAGGGCAGAAACUAACUGCAGCAGAUACUGUAUUGAAGGAUAGUGUUGCAAAAAUUGUGAAAAGUAAGGGUGUUGUUGAUGCUAUUGGUACAGCGGCAGCAAGUGCACUUCAGGGACCCAUUCAAGUAACUUACCGUGAGGCAUUUCAGAGCACCAUUUUGCCAUCCUUUGAGAGGGCAUGCCAGAACAUGUUCCAACAGAUAAAUGAAUCAUUUCAUAAAGGAACUCAACAAUACCUGCAACAGGUUACAACAGCUCUGGAUAACCGUAAAAGAGAGGAGAAAGAUUUUUUCCAACCUGUAAUGAGACAGUUGGAAUCACAAAAGCAAUCAUUCCAAGCAACAACAGAGAGGCUUUCAUCAAACCUUAUGGCUGACUUUGAAGUUAUGAUACAGAAACAACUGUCAUCAUCAAUAGAAGGUUUGCGUGAAGAGAUAUUUUCACGUCUGUUGUCUGAAGUUCUGGCUUCAGUCCAGGACUCAGUGCAAAAGGAAAUGGGCUUAGGAUUGGAAGGCCUACGUCAACAAUUGAGUGAAAUGAUUACAUCUUCAGCACAAAAUACCUCACAACAGUCUCCUAGUACUGCACAAACUCAGGCUGCAGUUUCCAGGCUGUUGGAAUCUGGAAAAGUUGGAGAGGCCUUCCAAGAGGCCCUGACAGCAGGAGAUCUAAACAUUGUGAUGUACGUUUGUGAAAAUGUGGAUCCUGAGAAAGUCUUUUCCCAGUCCCCUUGUCCUUUGUCACAACCAGUCUUGCUGUCUUUAAUACAGCAACUAUCUGUGGAUCUUGCAAUGUAUACGGAUCUUAAGCACAAAUACAUCGAAGAAGCUCUUAUGGCCCUGGAUGCACGAGAUGCCAUUACAAGAGAACAUAUGCCUGGUGUGUUAGAGGGACUAUGCCAGCAGCUCCAAACAACCAUCAAUGAAGCAUCAGGGCCCAUGCAGCGCUCCCUUAAGAUGUUGCUGAUGGCUGCAAGAUCACUUAUAAGAUAGCCAAGCAGAGUAUGUUACCACUCAUGAUGCCCAAAAGGAACAUUGAAGGAAAAAUGGUUUCCUUAAUUUUGGAGACAGGAAAUGUGUGGCAUAGAGUUUGCAGCAGAAACGAGGGAUGGCCAAGUCGCACAAGAGGGUGAAUACCUUCUGUUCCCAAAACUGAUAGUUUUAAGUUUCUUACUAAAAUUCAGAUACUGGACCCAGAGCUAGACAGCAGUCGUUUUGUGGUGGUGCAAAAUGUUAAGCACUGUUUAGAGCUGUUCAUCAAUGCUAGCUAGUAGAUGAAUCUGCAGUUUACUGCUUCACAACCAGUAGUGUGAAUUCUAUCUAUUACAGCAGAUCAAUUUGCUGUUUGUACGUCUGAAAACCAUUCUGUUGUUUUAAGGCUACCCUCUGUUUUGUCACGUACAAAACUUGCUUUAUUAAUAAAUCAGCUUUAUGAGUUCUA